UCUUCUCUGAGGUUCCGGGGUUUGUGGUCGUUCUCCGUCGCUCUGCGGGCUGGCGUUGGGUCCUGCGUCCCUGCAGGGAUGCUUCCAGAAUCCUCUAUGUGUUUCCUAAAGCAGUCAAACGUGGAUAAAUCUCUGGAACUGUUGACAUUCAGGGAUGUGACCAUAGAAUUCUCUCCAGAAGAGUGGGCUUGCCUGGACCCUGCUCAGCAGAAUUUGUAUAGAAAUGUGAUGUUAGAGAACUACAGAAACCUGGUCUCCCUGGGACUUGCUGUCUCUAAGCCAGACCUCAUCACCUGCCUGGAGCAAAGGAAAGAGCCCUGGAAGGUGAAAAAGCAUGAGACAGUAGCAGUACACCCAGGGAGAAUCUGGGAGUUUGGAGUUUACUUCUGUAUGCACCAUGCUGUAUUAAGAAGAAGGAAAGGCCAUGGUUUGUCUUGUUGUACCCAAGACCAUUUGCCAGAAAAAAACAAAAAUGUUUCAUUCCAAAAAAUGGUAUCGAGAACAUAUGGAAACUGUGGCCUUGAGAAUUUAAACUUAAUGAACUGGGAAAAUGUGCAUGUGUAUAAGGAGCAGAAAGGGUGUUAUAAUGGAGUUAACCAAUGUUCAACAACUACCCAUGGAAAAAUCUGCCAAUGUAAAAAAUAUUUGAAAGUCUUUAAAGCAUUGUCAAAUAUAAAUACCCAUAAGGUGAGACACACUGUAGAGAAGCCUUUUAAAUUUAAUGAAUAUGGGGAAGGCUUCAAGCAGUGCUCACACAUUAAUGAACAUAAGAGAAUUCAUAAUGGAGAGAAACCUUACAAAUCUAAAGAGUGUGGCAAAAUCUUUAAUCAGUGCUUAUACUUUACUAAAUGUAAGAGAAUUCAUACUGGAGAGAAACCCUACAAAUGUGAAGAAUGUGGCAAAGCCUUUAAGUGGUACUCCUGCCUUACUGAGCAUAAUAGAAUUCAUACUGGGGAGAAACCCUACAAAUGUCAAGAAUGUGGCAAAGCCUUUAACCGGUACUCACACCUUACUAAUCAUAACAGAAUACAUACUGGAGAGAAACCCUACAAAUGUGAAGAGUGUGGAAAAGCCUUUAGCACAUGUGCAUGCCUUUCUGUACAUAAAAGAAUUCAUACUGGAGAAAAACCCUACAAAUGUGAAGAAUGUGGCAACACCUUUAACUAUACCUCAAGCCUUCGUACACAUAAGAGAAUUCAUACUGGAGAGAAAUCUUUCCAAUGUGAAGAAUGUGGCAAAACGUUUAUCUAUAACUCAAGCCUUCAUAGACAUAAGAGAAUUCAUGCUGGAGAAAAACCCUACAAAUGUGAAGAAUGUGGCAAAGCAUUUAAGAAAUAUGCACACCUUACUGUACAUAACAAAAUUCAUACUGGAGAAAAACCUUACAAAUGUGAAGAAUGUGGCAAAGCCUUUAAAACAUAUGCUUACCUUUCUGUACAUAAAAGAAUUCAUACUGGAGAGAAACCCUACAAAUGUAAAGAAUGUGGCAAAGCUUUUAAGUGGCAUUCAGACUUUAUUGCACAUAAGAGAAUUCAUACUGGAGAGAAACCCUACAAAUGUGAAGAAUGUGGCAAAACUUUUAACUGUUCCUCAAGCCUUCGCACACAUAAUAGAAUUCAUACUGGAGAGAAACCCUACCAAUGUAAACAAUGUGGCAAAGCUUUUAACUGCCGUUCGCACCUUACUAUCCAUAAGAGAAUUCACAGUGGAGAGAAACCGCACAAAUGUGAACAAUGUGGUAAAACUUUCAACUAUAGCUCCAGCCUUCAUAGACAUAAGAGAAUUCAUACUGGAGAGAAACCCUACAAAUGUAAUAAAUGUGGCAAAGCUUUUAACUGUUCUUCACACCUUACUAAACAUAAGAGAGUUCAUAUUGAAGAGAACCCAUAAAAAUGUGAAGAAGGUGGCAAAGCUUUUAAUCAGUGCUUAUACUUUUCUAAACACAAGAUAAUACAUACUGAAAUGGAGCCUCAGCAAUGUGAGUAAUGUGGCAAAGCCUAUAACCAGUGCUGAAACCUUUAUAAACAUGAGAAUUCAUACCAGAGAGAAACCAUACCAAUGUGAAGAAUGUGGCAAAGCUUUUACGCAGUGCUCUUACCUUGCUGUACAUGAGAGAAGUCAUACCUGAGCGAAAUCCUACAAAUAUAAAGAAAAACGAAAGCCUUUAGUAACCGGUCAGAUAUUACUUGACCUCAGGAGUUAUACUGGGGAAUAGCAGUAUAAAUGUAACAACUAUCAAAAUACCUUCUAGAAAAUAAAAGUCUUAGUGUGCCACCAGGGUAUUUAUACUAAGAAAAAAACAUUACAACUAUAAUGAGAGGUCCAAUACUUCUCUCAUAGAUCUUACUGUGCAUAGGAUAAAAUAUACUGUAAUGAAACCCUUCACUAAUUGCUCAAACCUUUUUAAGUUUAGAGAAUUUAGAUUAGAGAAAAACUCUACAAAUGUAAUAAAUCAAGAAAAACAUUAGUUUAAAAAAAACAGCUUAGAGGAACACCAGCAUUUUUAGUACAAGAUAAUAUUCAGAUGCCAUUGUCUUAUGAAAUAUUUAAUAAAAAAUCAACUUUAAAUGAGCAUCAUAGGAUUCACAGUAGAAAGAACUAAGGCACUAAUACUUUCAGACAUUACUCUAAAAUGGAGUGUCAAUUAAAGAGAACAGUCCAAGGUUAAAAUGGUUAAAUAAUUUAUGUGCAUGUAUGUCUAAAAGGAACAGGAGAUUGACUUUAUGGCAAGUUAUAAUUACAUUCAAAGCAUACUUUUUGCAUUCACAGUUAUAGAUGCUUUUGAAAAUUAAGUAUUGAUGUAAUUCAGCUCUCAGAUUCCUUGAUGCUAAGCCUUCAUUCUUAGAGUUUCCAUGAAAGCAUGUGGCCAAUUGUUUCUUCAUCAAAACUAUGAAAGUUCCGUGUAAAUUAGGUGGGCAUCAUUUGUAUCGUACACUCUUCCAAUGAGUAUUAAGGACACUGAAAUGUAAGAUGCAUGAAGAAAAUCUAAGUGAAGAGGCUCUUUGUUAUUGACUUAGAAGAGUAUUGUGAGUGAUGUCAAAGGUAGGCAUGUGUGUGAACUUAAUUUGUUUUAAAUAAAACAAAAUUAUGUUUAA